GAGAUGCUCAUGUCAGAUACAUUUAAAGGCUGAAUGUCACUCAGCCGUCAGCCUGAAAGUGACCUGAAGGUCACAGCUUCCUCUCCAGAGGAGGAGAGGACGUUCCGAGGUUCUCGCUUUGAGCUCGUGGCUCUGAAGCUCCCUUUUCACGGUGCCCAAAAGUGGUGCGAAGAGAACGGAGGAAGUCUGGCGAUGAUCCCUGAUGAAGACACUCAGCUUUUUCUUGAGAGGCGCAUGGACUCUGGAAAGGACAUGUGGAUUGGACUGGAACCGUCAAAUCAGCAGCAUCUUUGGAACGUUGAUGGUCCUCUUUCAUGGCUGGAUGGCUCACCUGUCACCUUUUCAAAGUGGGUCAGAAGGCCACCGCCGGGCGCCACAUGUGGACACAUACUGAGCAACUCAAAUUUCCAUUGGGCGGCCACAACAGACUGCAACCAAAAAAUGCCUUUUAUCUGCCAGUUCGGUUCUGGGAAAAGCAUUAUCUGCGCGKGUCACAACACCACUCUGCAAUGCGCCUCUGGUCAAGUGUUAAUGAUAGACGGUGGCUUCUACGGUCACAGCAACACUCAUUGCUGUCGGUCCAGGCUCUCUGCGCCAACAUUUGCACCCGAUGAGUGUGGCUGGGUGGAUGUUGGAGACCCUGUUAAAGCUCACUGUCAAGGUCAGCAGGUUUGCCAGAUCACUGAAAUUCUGAACUCGUUUGAUGACCUCUGUCCUGAGCUGAGAGGCUACCUGACUGUGGACUACCACUGCAAAGACGUGCUCACACUGUCCGUGUCUGUUGCUGCCGUGUCUGAAGACGUCACAAUAUUUGUCCACUGGCCCGGGGAAAACCACUGCAAGUUAAACACCGGAGAUGGUCAGAUUUUUGAUUUAAAAGGGUCGGGGAGCGUCUCGGUGCACAGAUACACUCGUCCUGAUGCAUUUGUUGUGGCAGUUGAAUGCACCGACAGAGAAAGACACAUUACAGCCCAGAGGAUAAUUACCAUUCAGGAGCCYGUUACAGAGAUUGGUGUCAUCAGGUGCUACGCUGGAAAUGUGUCCUUUUCUGAAACCAACUGCCGAGCUCUGCAUGGAGCAGUGUUUCACAUUCAAAUGGAAGUGAAAGCAGGUGGGCGCCAAAUUAAAAUGACCCGGCUUCACUAA